AUGGAGAGUUCAGGAGACGAGGCCAAAAAGCAAUCGCGAGAAAAUACUUUAAAAGAGAAACGAGCAAUGCGAAGAGAUAGGAACAAGCGAAGGAAAAGCGAAAAGCGGCAAAUGCGAGAAAAGUUAAAGGAGGAGAGAGAAAAGGGGCUUGAGAAUGCGAAAGUAGCAUCACUUGAAGCACAACGAUAUAAAGCUAUUGCCAGGAAAUAUUUGAAUUUAUGGCAAAAAGCGGCAAAAAGAAGCGACACAUGGCAAAGUACCAAGACUGUAAGCGUUCAAUAUAUGUUGCGUCUUUGGAACAUGUAUGCAAGUUAUUCACAUUUUAUUUGCAAGGUGUAACUUUAUAAUUAUAUUGUAUAUUCAUGUCAUAUUAUAGGGACCAGGUGCAGACGGUAAGAUGAAGACGAUUAGCCGUGACCACCUAACUCAUGUCAAAGACCAUAAAAAGUUGGCAAAAGGUGCAUUUGGUAAAUGCAAGAUAAAAAUGUAUCAGGGACAGUUAGUUGUGACAAAAGAGUUCAGAAAAGAAGUCUCGAAGGAAGCGGUUAUGAAAGAAGCAGGUAUUUUAUCUCGUCUUUCACAUCCUGGAGUUCCUUUCGUGUUGGGAAUUGAUUUGUCCAGGAAUCCUUUUAUGAUGGUUACUUUGUUUUACGGUAUUGACAUGAGUAAUACAACUUUAUUUGAACUUUUAAACUCUGACAAAUUUAAUGCGGAGUUUAAGCUCGACCAGUCCAAGUCAAUAUCAAUCACUAUAAAACUUGCAGAGACUUUGAGCUACAUCCAUGACAAUGGCAUCUUACACAACGAUAUUAAGAGCGAUAAUAUCGUGUUCUAUGGAGAGAAUACGCAAUUGAAGCCUGUGCUAAUAGACUUUGGCAAAGCAUGUGCAAUGAAAGAAGGAAAAUUUUACAAGCUUUCGAAAGAUGAGCAGCUUAAAUAUAAAAAAAAUCACAGUCACAUUGCCCCUGAAAUUGUUGACGGAAGUGAGCCGCAGACAGCUUCGAGCGAUAUGUAUUCUUUUGGCUUGGUAGUCCAAAAAGUUGGCAAAUUUGUUUGCUGGAAAGAACUUGAAAAGUUGGGGGACAUAUGCGCUGAACCAGACAUUGCAAAAAGGUGCACUUUAACCUUCCUAAUGGAUGAGUGCAAGUUAUUAAGCAAACAAUGA